AGAAAUAGUAACGGACUAGUAACAAACUCGUGACAAAACGCGCGAGAAGGGGUAUAAAAGUAGCGCUUCAGUUCACUUCCCUCACAUUUUCAGUUUGAAUUGAAAUCAAAUCACAAUGGCAGAAGAAUUCUCUAUAGGAAUGGCAAUGGUGUCACACUCAACCUCCUCCAAGAAGCGAACCGCGAAGAACGACAAGCUCUGCCUCGAAGAUUACAUUCACCUCCUCCACUCUCGCCACACCAUCGAUCUCACCAUGAAUCAACUCAAUCAGGUCAUCCGUAUUCACGGCUUCAAGAAAAUCCACCAUGUUCCUAAGAAAGUGUUGACUGAUGCUGUGGACGCGCUAGAUCUGGUGGAUCUACCACGAUCUACUCUCUCCGAGAACGUUUCGGCGUUCGCCGUACUGACAGUGGAGGAAGCGGUUGCAGAUCUCGGCGAUCUCAAUUGGUCAGAGUGUUGUGUCACCUCUGUCCAGAAAUUCGGCUGCUGUGAUGAUCAGAGAUCGUUUCCUGUUUCCUUGGAUAAGAGUGUCGCAGUAGUGAACCACUCGCAGUCGCAAAGCGGUGGUCUCAUCCCUGAAACUUUUAAGCGUAGGUUAGAAGCUACGAAAAUGGUGCCAAGGCGAAAGAGGGGCAGUAUUCAAGCUCUUUAUAGUUCCACAUCAAUUGUUGAUUCUGCUUCACUCGCUUCUUGCUGAAUAAUUGACUCUAUCAUUCUAUAAUCAAUGUUAGAAUUGGAUUAAGAUGUUAAAAGAGAGUGAAUAUGAUGAUGCUUCAUAUAUCAGUAUCAGUAUUAUACAUGUUUGGUGAAUUGCAGAAUCAGUAUUCUCUACUAGGAGUUUCUGUAUUUGAAUUAAAUGCUUUGUGGUUUUACUUUGGAUCCUUUCCCUAAGAUAAUAAGGAAUAUGGAUAGCUAUUAGUUCUAUUUGAUGUAUGCUUGAUUCUUGUUCUUACUAGUAAGAAUAGUCUCUUAUGACUGAAUUUACUUAAGCAUAAUGCAUUAUUUUCAAAAGAUUCAACAACAGGUUCAUCAUUUUUGGACUCAAGUAUUUGGUCAGGCAUGGAAGAUUCAAUAGUUAUGAUUUUCCUAAUUUAAACAUAGAAGAAAGUAUUUAUACCACAAGUAGGGGUGGGCAAAGUUUGGUUUAAAACCAAAACUGCAUGUGAACUGAACCAAACUAUUUUUCAGUUUGUUAGAACCAAACCAAACCAUAAUUGUUUAACAAGAACCAAACUGAACUGAUCCAGUUAACUAGUUAACCAGUUUUGUGUAAAAAAAAACCGAACUAAGCCGUUUUUAAUUUAAUUGGAUUUAAUUGAACCAACGCCACCAUCUUCCCCUUCUCUCUAUAAGCUCUUCAAAACUCUAUCUCUCUUCCUCGCUUUUCAUUCUGCAUCUUUAUUAGUCUUAAUAAUAAUAAUAAUAAUACCUAAUAAUAAUAAUAAUUAUUACAUUUGUGACAAUUUAUUUAAGGUAAUUCUACUUCUUCAUCAAACCAUCAUCAUCAUUUAUCUAUUCCCAUGCCAUCUUCAUGUCUCUCAUCAUUUUAACACAAUAUCUUUGGAUCUUUCUCGUUUUCAUGAAUUGGCACUAGUCACAACAACUAAAGAAAUACAACUAGUUCAAACCUGCUCUCAAAAUGACAUAGUUCAGUGGAGUUGCAGACGAAGCAAAGGGAGGCGCGAGGUGGUGCGAGAGAGGACAAAGCUGCGGUGGAGUUCGGUGGUGAUGAGGUCGGUGACGGCGGAGGAGAAGAGUAGAAGAGCUGCGGCGGAGGAGCUGCGGCUUAUAUGGUUUUCAAAUUAUGAUUUUAGGUUUUUAAUUUUAUUUAGAGUUUAAGUGAUUUUGGUUUAUUGGUUUUGGUUCAGUUAACGGUUCACAUAGUUUUUACAAAACAAACUGGUUAACUGAACUGUGUUAUCACAAACAGUUUGGUUUUUAUUUUUUAAAA